UCAUGUCAAAAAAUGCAAAAAUUUCCUCCAUAUACGUCAAUUACUGUCAGCGUAAAAUUUACAAAAAUUUUAUAUGCUCAAAUUGUAAGUCAACGACUUAAUGCACCAAAACCAUUUAUAAUGCCAUUGAGUACUUCAAAAAAGUAUCCAGCUGCUGAAUUAGGAAUGAAAUUGGCAUGCGGAUUUGAAAUUCUUUGUAUUGAUAAAUAUUAUACAGGUUUAUCAUCCAAACCUAAUAAAUUGAAUACUGAGGUAAUUCAUCCUUCAUUCUUGAAUUCUAUCUUGUACAAACAACUGGAAAAAAUCGCCAAAGAACAAUUUUUAAAAUAUCAAAAAAAUUCAUCUCCAUUAGAACAAAUAGAUGAAAUAUUGAAACUACCAAUGGUUUCUGAUGAAGUGUUAAUGUCAAAUAUUAAACAAGAUGAUGAUA